CCAAAUGAUCGUCGAAGAGAAUGAAUUCGAUACCCAAAUAGAAGAUCUUCUCAACAAAGAAAAGACAGCUCGAUUGGCCAACAAUCUAGUCGAAACACUCAAGGUUACUAAGCAAAUUGCCAAACUCUGCUUCGAUACUAAAUAAUACUCUAAAUUCAAUGAAUUGAUAGUGUCCCUCAGUAAGAAGAGAGGCCAACCAAAAAAAGCACAAAUUGAACUUGUUUAAAUGGCUAUGCUUGAAUUAAAAGCACUCCCAAUUAAUUAAAAAUUGGAGAUGAUUGAUGCCAUUAUGAAGGUGUGCGAAAAGAAGAUCUACUUAGAAGUAGAGUAUGCUCGAUGCGUAUUGAUGCUCACUCAAUACAAAGAGGAUGAUAAUCAAAUUGCUGAUGCUGCCAAAAUAUUAUAGGAAGUCUAAGUUGAAACCUAUGGAUCCAUGGAUAAAAGAGAAAAAUUGGAAUUCAUCCUCUAUCAAAUGAAAAUCAUGAUCAAAAAAUUAGAUUAUGUUAGAUUGUUCAUUAUCUCCAAAAAGAUUGAACCCAAAAACAUAGAAGAUGAUAAUAUUGCAGAUCUUAAGAUUAUUUAUUACUCAUUCCUCGUUAUUUAUUAUAGACAUGAAAAUAAUUACAAAGAAACUGCUCACGCUUAUUCGAAGAUACUUGAAUCAUUGCAUAAAAACAGGUAAUUAGAGGCUACAAAAGUGGAUUUCAAUUUUAGAAUUGAUUACAAUACAACCUUAGAAAAUUAUGCUAUGUACACUAUCUUGAGUUAAUACUCUGAGGAGAAGGUAUAUAAAUUAAUAGAUAUUUUAGUAAAAAUAAUUGCAAUCCAUUGUUUCCACCUAUAAGUAUGGGCUUGAAGCUUUGCCCAAUAUGUAUUAAUUAAUUUAAGCCUUUUUGGGUACAGAAUUGAUUAGUACUUCCCCAUAAAGUCACAACGUCUAGGCUGCUGAGAUAUUUGAUGAGAACAUUGAAAACAAUUAACAAAGAUUUGUUGGUAUGAUAAUAUUCAAAUUUCUUAUAGAUUUUAGGAGAUAAUUGAUUCAUCACAAUUUGAGGAUAUUUUAGAUUUAUUAUGAUUCUAUACAUUUAAAUAGAAUUACAGAAUUAAUUGAAAUUAGCACUUAAGAGUUAGAGGAAGAAAUUUGUUUGAUGAUGGAUUAGAAAGUAUGGGAAUGAUAUUUAAACUAGUUAUUGAAAUGUAAAAUAGAUAGAAUCCAGGGUAUAGUUGAUUACUAGUUAAAAAAGAACGAAAAUGACGUGCUAUAAGAGUGGGGAGACAAUGUAAAUAAGGUUCUUAACCUGAUUGAUCUCACAAGCAAUUUGAUAAAAAGAGAAGAAGAAUUAUUUUUGUGA